UGGAAUGUGAUAUGUCCUCAUUAAUCCAACAACAGUUACCUUUCCAAAUGGAGGAUACUUUCCCCAUCCUUUUGAGUCUUAUCCUUUUGACAAUGUUUUUGAUCCUAAAUGUGACAAAGAGAUUCAAACCUAAAAGUAGUAGUGACAACAUUACCUCAAACCUUCCACCAGGACCUUGGAAACUACCAAUUUUUGGAAGCAUACAUCACCUCAUUGGCUCCCUACCACACCACAAAAUGAGAGAAUUGUCCCAAAAAUAUGGUCCUCUCAUGCACCUACAACUUGGAGAGACAUCAGCCAUAGUGGUUUCUUCUAAAGAACUUGCAAAAGAAGUGUUGAAAACAAAUGAAGUCAAAUUUGCUCAAAGACAUUGCUCUCUUGGUAUAGAAAUUAUUUCUUAUGGUUGCACUGACAUUGCAUUUUCACCCUAUGGAGACUAUUGGAGGCAGCUAAGAAAAAUAUGCACAUUGGAACUGUUGACUGCUAAACGCGUGAGAUCGUUCCGAUCGAUUCGCGAGGAAGAGGUGUCAAAAUUAAUUAGACAUAUUUCUAUAAACACAGGAACUACUAUCAAUCUCACAAAUGAAAUCUUAUCUAUGACAUAUAACAUAAUUUCAAGGGCAUCUUUUGGUGAUAAAUGCAAGGACCAAGAAUCAUAUAUCUUGUUCAUGAAGGAAUGUAUGAGAUUGGCUGAAAAUUUCAGCGUCAGUAAUUUGUUUCCCUCCCAACACUGGCUACAUGUGAUUAGUGGUAUGGUGCAUAAAUUGAAGAGAUUGCAUAGAAGUGGUGAUAUGGUUCUUGAAAAGAUCAUCAACAAAGCAACGACAAAGACUUGUGAAGAUGGAAGUCUUCUGUCCUAUCUUUUGAAGCUCAAAGACGACGGCUCUUCUAAUCCGACUGGAUUUCAUUUGACAAUCAACAACAUUAAAGCCAUUAUUCAGGAUAUGCUUAUCGGUGGAAGUGAUUCAUCAUCUUUAACUAUGGAAUGGGCUUUCUCCGAAUUGCUAAAAAAUCCUAAAGCACUAAAAAGGGCUCAAGAAGAAGUUAGACAAGCUUUUGGUAGCAGAGGAUAUGUUGAUGAAAUGGAUCUUCAAGAACUGAAAUUUCUAAAAGCAGUUAUUAAAGAAACCUUAAGAUUGCACCCUAUUAAUCCUAUAUAUUCAAGAGAGUGUAUUGAAACGUGUGAGAUAAAUGGAUACACAAUACCAGCUGGAACACAAGUGUUUGUGAAUGCAUGGGCAAUCGGACGAGACCAAAAGUACUGGAAUGAAGGAGAAAAGUUUUAUCCGGAAAGGUUCUUGGAUUGUCCAAUUGAUUACAAAGGGUCCGAUUUUGAGUUCUUGCCUUUUGGUGCUGGAAGGAGAAUGUGUCCUGGGAUCUCUUUUGCUAUGCCUAAUAUAGAACUUGCUCUUGCACAAUUGCUGUACUAUUUUGAUUGGGAGUUUCCCUUUGGAACCAGUCAUGAAAGUUUUGACAUGUCCGAAGCCUUUGGCGCUGUAGUGAAAAGGAAAAGUGAGCUAACAGUAAUUCCAACUCCUUACAAUCCUUGA